AUGGCUGAUGGCGCUCCCGCGGGUGAGAUCCCCGCCUCUCUGGUGGAGCAACUGGAGCAGGCGCCGACUUUCCCGUCCCAGGACUCCACCCAAGUCCUCGGUCGUGGCAAGGGUGGCAAGGGUGGUGUGCCUCCUCCUCGCAAACGUCCUGUUCACGAAUCCGCUGGGGCGGCUGAUGACAUGGACGGUGCUGAUGCUUGUACCAGUGACGACUACUUGCGCCAACUCUGUAGGGAUGAGUUCGACAGCAUGCGGACCUCGCUCACGACGGCCGUCUCGGAGUCCAUCAGUGCCACCGUGGCGGAGAACCACUCGAUCCUGCUCAGCUCCAUCGACAAGCUGCGUGAGCAGGUCUCUGGACAGUCGGCCGCCAUCGACCAGCAGGUCCAGAAUGCUGUGCGCCCCCAGGUGGACGCGCUGGCGCGCCGCCUGCAGUCCCAGAUUGAUCACCACAAGCAGCAGAUCGACUCGUGCGAGCGUCGCUUCGGCGAUCAUGAUGACCAGCUUGCUGCUUUGCGCAGCCAGCUGGAGGAUCUUCGUCGGCACCUGGCUGUUGCUGAACAGCGUCCGCAACCCGCGCCUCAGGUCCCUCAGGGUUUUGACAGGGACCCCGACUCCACGCUCCUCACUGCGGUGGCCCAUCGUGCGACUUCCCUCGAGGCCGUGGCGGCGUGCAUGCGCCGCUUCCUCUCCGAUGCGGGCUUCUCUGACGACGAAUGCGACGUCCUCCCUAAGGGCACCCUCCCGCGCAAGCGCUUUGCCGUCCACUUCAAGGGCCUGGUCCAGCCUGCCUCCCGUAAGGUGCUUCGUGCGCCGGCCGCGCUCAAGAACGACCAAGGAUGGAAGGAGGUCUAUGCGGAGCUCCCCGGAGCCAGCGACCGCACCCUCGUCCACGUUGGCCCUGACAAGUCGCCCAAGCAGGUCAAGAUCGAGUACACGCAGCGCCGCUGCCGUGCGGCUUUCUCCGCCGAGUUCCCGUCGGCCCGCUUCUUCACCGACCGUGAGCGCGGCCCCCUGUCCACCGGCUGGGACAAGGUGCUCAAGGUGGAAGUGGCGGCUGGUGAUCCCCCCCCUUCUCUUCGUUGGGACGUGGCCAAGCUCGCGAAGCACGACAUCUCCAAGGAGCGGGCUCAGCAGAUCACCGCCUUCCUCACCACGCCCUCAGACGAGUCCGCGGCGUUGAAACGCAACUACCUUUCCAAGCUCGGCCUCGACAAGACCAUCGUCUCCCUGCAGGAGAUCCACCAGGUUCGCGUCGGGCGGGUCCCUCUGGUCCCUGGGCGUGCUCUUCUGGUGACCCUCACGGCUGCGCGUGGCCGCAUCUACAUCUUCAACAUUCUCAACCAUGCAUUACGGCAGUCCGAGAUUCGGCGGGUCUGCUCCGAGAUUCGCCACGCCCUCGCCUUGGCGCCGGAGGAGCCCUCCAAGGUCCUGGUGAUCGUGAGUGGCGACUUCGACAUCUCUGAGGAGUCCGCGCUGCACUUGAUUGCACCGACGGUGGCGUCUCGUCGUGGUGGCCGUCGUCACCAUGCUGGUGCGCCCUCGUGGCGCUCUGUCUUCGACGCGAUGCUCGAGGUGCAGGGCAGCGAGCCGACCCACUUCGAGUCCGCGACGGGCAAGGCGAAGGUGCUCGACCGUAUCUUCCUGUCCUUGCAGGGCUGGCAGGUCUGUCAGAUGCAGCUGUCCACGGCCACGGUGGGGUCGGCGGCCGCG